UUAUACAACCCAUCAGUUGAAGAAGAUGAUUACCUUCAAUUACAUGUUGAUAUUGAAACCAGCCUUAAAAUGAGUAUUGAAUGUUAUAAUGUAUGCAAGUCAGUGGGAGGAGCUUCAACUAAUAAUAAUAAAUUAAAGGAGAGGUUAGGUAAUGCUUGGAACGAGUUAGGAGUUUACUACAAACACACAGCAGCAACCGGAACUGAACAAGACUAUAGUGCUAAAACCUCAUUAUGCGAUGAAAGUUACAAAUGUAUCAUUAAAGGACUGACUUUAUUCAAGGAGACAGGCAGUGUACCUAACCAGGCACUAUUGAACGCUAACCUAGGCAGUCUUAGUAGACUACUGGCGGCCAUUGAACAUCAGAAACAAGUGAAGGAGGGAGGAGGGGCUGAAUUUAGCUCGGAGGAGAGGAGCCAUUACAAUAGAUCUAUAGACUAUUACAAUAAAGGUAAAACGUUAUUGAAGAGAUCGUCAAACCAUCCUACAAUAUGGCUCAACAUUGAAAUGGACCUGUGUAACGUUUAUUAUGAAUUUGGACGCGCCAUACAAGACAGACCUCCAUUGAGUAGAGUGUCUGUGCAAGAGGUACUGCAUUGAUGGUGAUAAUAAUAUAUAUUUUAAUG